AUGGCUAACACAGCAACUGGCCAUCGUGCUUUAGACUUCCCUGAGUUAUUUGAGCAGUUAUCGAAUUUCAACCCUGUCCUCGCCAUUCCAGUCGUUUUUCUUUUCAAAACCACCUCAACAUUUCGUGAAGACGUCUUGCAACGUUUACUUCUUGGCAAAGGCGAGCCACUCCCUGAGCAUGUGGAAAGACGAAAUUUGGGGGCAGUACCCUGGUAUCGCACCUCCAAGCCAUCUCGAGGAGUUGUUCCUCGGGCGGAAGGAGACGUGCCAAAAGUGACUGGGCAAUGUAUCCUCAUUGACCAAGACCUGCUGGAAGAAGAGAAAUGCAUUAUUUCACAGGAGUUCGAGAAAUCUGAAGUCCAGCAAACUCACGAAUGUGCGAUUGUACCCAUCGCUGAUGCCUAUCAUUUCCUGUGCACUGAGCCCUACUACCAGUCAUGGUUCGACUCCGGCUCAUUGGAUGCGGCAUGUCGACUUGAACCAGAACCGGCGGUCGAAGCUGAAGAAGUAAUAACAGACACUGAACUUCCUGUUCUCUUACCGGAGAACUGUACGCCAGAGAAAGAGGAGCAUUUGAUUGGGCUGUUCGAAGUUGACUGGUUCGAGGCGUCCGAGCCCGACUUCAUCCGCAUCCCCAUCUCAUACGUGGACGGAGAAUCUACUGAUGCAGCAACUAAGCAAGACGAAAACAUCUCCAACCUCAUGCAGCACUUCCUCGAUCGGGGCUGGUUUCCUCACGACUUCAUCAUCAUCGACGACAUGGCUGUCUCUUCGCUACCGUUUGAUGAGGAACACUUUCCAACGUUCUUAUACGGCACGAAAUUGUCGAUGUGGCACGAAGCAGCUGAGCGCCAGACGAUUGCGAUCGACAGCCUUGGCUAUGCUAUUGGUCGUUUGAAGAUGAAGAAUAUGGACGACUACAUGAUGAUGCUUGGAGCUAGCGUUAAAGGCAUGGGCUUGGGCCAUUUUGUGGGUGACCGAGAGGACUACAAACACUACUACUGGGGCUGUUGGAAAGAUGAGAGUGGUGCAGUAGAUGAGGAUAUUAAGCCGCACUUCAUGUAUGAUUGA